AUGGGAUUGUAUACGGAUUCCCGUCUUUUUGUGGAGGUUGCUCAUGGCAAAGGAAGCGGGCGCAUGCCACCUAUCGUCGUUGACAUCGGCGACGCGGGGUCAAUGAGCGGGAGAUGGCACUCCUUGGUCAUUUCACAUAGGCGAUCCAGCACAAUGCUGUUCAACAAAGAUCACUUGGAGGUUUUCCUCGACGAAGAGCUAUUGUUUACCUCCUCCGUGCCUUACCCGCGGCAUGUAUCGGAGCCCGUUGCUCACUGCAGCAUUGGAUGGGAUUUAGAUGGCCAAAUGUCGGGGGUGCUGCUACUAUCAGCGGUGGCGGACCAAAAGAUUGUGAAGUCCAUGCUUAGCCGAUUGGCAGGACGGAUAGACGACAUGAAGCAGGAUGCUGAUGCAUGUGCAAGCACUCCUCCAGAUCUGGAUCUUUGGGACGAUACCUCCACCGUCUCUGCUCAGCAACGCCUCAAACGAAGACUCCUUGGCUCGAAGUACAGAGUUUUCGCAGCUCUUUUGCCAGAUCGUACCAUCAAUGGACUAUGCCUGGAGCCGCACAACGGGCAACACGCGCUGUUACGGGGUGAUACUACCCACGUGUGGAUAACACACCAUGCGCAAGACGUCGUCAAAAGCAUUGGCGGGACGCUCACUGUCCUCUCGUUGGCCCAUGAGCUGCUGUCGGAUACUCCGCAAGGGCCACCGGCAACACCAACCCCCAACCCCGCGACAGGGCAGAAUGUGGAUACUGUGCUGUCGGUUCUGCUCAGCUUUCUCGACGGAAAUAUCGCGAAUCAGGGUGAUUUCUUUUUUGCCGGAGGCGUGGAGAUCCUGGAGCUCCUUCUCCAGUCUGCCGCAAAGAAAUAUUUUGCGCAGGCGGGGGCUCAUACCGUCCUUGUCCUGGAGAGAAUAUUCUGGGCGUGUCGGUCGCAUCAACUAUCUGUCUACAUUCAGCAAGCCUUGCCGGGUCUAGCCGAAGACGCGUAUCGACCUCGGGCGGGGAUGUAUUCCCUGGACAACCAGAUUCUGGUUUAUCUUCUGUCUAACUUUUCUUUAUGGGCACGGGCUCCUCCUGAGUUCCAAUUCGGUUUGGUGACAAGCGUGCUGGAUAUGGUUCGUGGUGCACCGGAGAUGUUUCGGCAACUGUUGCCGUUAGAAAGCGUGCUCACAAGCAUUCAUGUUUGCUGCCCAGACCAGAUUGCAGCUGAAACCGGACGGCCGCCUGAAGAGGACAGAAACAGCGUAUCUGGGUUCUUGGGUAGUGAAACAACAAGCGAGAGCUCAGCUGACGUUUCUGACACGAACAGCACUACAGACCGGGAGUGGAGCAGCAUGCUUCGGAGGGAAAGGACUCACAUGCGUGGUUUCCUUUGGGAGUUUGUGCUGUUGCUGCUCGAGCGAGAAGUUCGUCAACAAGAUGGAGAAGCUCUAGUUCAUUUUAUCGCAAGCUGCGACGACACACGACUGGUGUGUGAACUUAUGCAAAUGCUAGGUUCGCUGAUGCGCAAGUCUGUGCCUCCCAGUGGGUUAUUUUGGGCUCUGGAGAUGGCGUCGCUUGCCGAGGGAGGAGGAGGCGGGAAUGGAUGGCGAACACCAAAAACGGCUCGCACACAAAGUCCGCCGCGUACAGGCUUUGUACCACUCGUCCUCGAGCGCUGUGUCUUGGUCAACGGGACAUCAGAAGAGUUACGUGGUGCCGGACUACUCGUCUCCAAUGUCUUUAUGGCACGAUCUUCGAAAGUUAACGGGUUGGAUGCCUCAGUACCUGGAGGCGAAGGCAUGAGCUCGAAAGUGUCUUCGGUGUUCCCCAUUCUGUCCGAGGGACUGAUGCGACAUCGACAUAGUUUAGGGGACGAGCAUGACGUGCCAUGGUCUGGUCAAGGCCAUGUUGUUGGGAUCGUGAACGCCAACUCCCGCUUUGGACAGCACGGCAGCAGCGACCUAGAGAUGAAGGAGAGUUCAUCACCAGGGGGAGCAAGUACCGAAGACGGCGAGCUCGCGCGCGGCGUUUGGUGGGACUACGACUUGCGGGAUGCAGAUGUUCGCGGAGGGAAAGACCACGUGCUUGAUGAUACGCAGCUCAUUCGGAACGUUCUUCCACUCGCUCUUAUUCUUCAGCAUCUACCGACAAUGGCGAGCUCUGUACAGGAGCGGUCUCAUGGAGAUCUGCUCCUGAUGCUCAAACUCAACAGGGCAAACCGUGAGAAGGUGAUGGAGCUUUCUUCUGUGAACAGGGGGAAAUUCUGGGGUAUCUGGGAGCGCUGCAUGUUCCUCAUGAUGGCGCCACUCUUUUCAAGAAGAAGAGCGGCAGAUGACCGCGCAGGAUUGGACAGAGAAGAUGAGGACGUCCGAAAUGAGGAGCGAACAGGGGAUUACUUGAUGGUGCUCCGGCUCUACGCCAUUCUUCUGGAACAUGCGAUUUCCUUCGAUGAGGACGGGUACAAGGAGAUCGCAGUAGCCUCCAGUCUUCAGCAUUUGAUUCCUCACGGGCGCAAGGCUGUUCGAGUUCUUCUGGCGCAGCUGGCAUUUGAGGUCGACGACACUCUGAGGCAGAAGGCGCUCAAGACUAGGGCGCUGCGCGAAGUCGAGACAGACUGCCGCCUGCUCGCUUCUCGGCGACGGUUUAAGUGCUGCCUGCAGACUCUCUCUGCCGCUUGGUCACCUUGGGCAGCAGGAGACCACAAGCAUGGGAGCCACAACCCGCUUGGAUGGGAGGUGUCGUCUCACAAAGACCAACUCAUGCGCCAGAUGCUGCUGGUUCCUAUUGACGAAGACGUGAGCCACAAGGAUGCGGCAUACGCAGGGAUGACACCGAGCUCGGGGGAUCCAUCUCAGCUGCUUACAUCCGACGAUGAUGUACAUCAGGACGCUCGAUUGGUGUCUAGUUUAAAGCCUAGCGCAUCCCUUCUCUCUGGAGGAAGUUUCGGCUUUGUCGAUGACGACGAAGAGGAAACUGACGGAGAGGUGGAACCGUACGACCGACCUCCUGCCGACUCCUUUGGCCUUGGGGGUACUGGUACGGAAGAAGACCCUGACCCUGCAGAGUGGCAAGAUGUUUCUCACCUGAGUGCCUCACAGGCAGAGGUCGAAGCAGCGUCCCAGUCGGCUGCGAAUCACCUCGAAUGGCAAGACAUACAGCCAUCCGGGAGGGUGCAGCGCUUGUGCGGCCAAUGGCGAGCCACCAACGUGCUGCGGCAAGGGUCACUGCCAGGCGUGUUGUACUUGUUCGAAGAGAGCCUGGUGUUCAACUGCCAGCCCAAUGAGAGCGAGGGGGGCGAAGAGGCGACGGCGGCUUGGCUGACUCAACAUGUUGGGCAAUCCUGGCGCUGGCGGUUAGAACGACUGACGCAGGUACACCUUCGGCGGUUCUUGCUCAGUCCGCAGGCUGUUGAGCUGUUUUGGGCGGACUCUCCGGAAGUGUUCCUUGCUUUCGAAGAUACCAAUGAGCGCCAAGCGUUCACCAGGCACUUGCGCAAGCGAAGGCUGCCCAUGUUGCCAGUUAUGACACGACAGGGAAUUCUCCACCCGAGGAAGGUGCUCAAGGCCAGCAAGAUCACAGAGCUUUGGCGGCGACGUCAGAUCUCUAACUUCCAGUACAUCAUGGAGCUCAACGUGAUCGCAGGGCGCUCCUACAACGACAUAUCCCAGUAUCCAGUGUUUCCUUGGGUGCUUGCAGACUACACGUCAACCGAGCUAGAUCUCAACAAUCCGGCGUCGUUCAGAGACUUGAGCAAACCAAUGGGGGCACAGAACGAGCGACGGAGGCAACUUUUCUUGGAAAGAUACGCUUCCUUCGAGGAUGAGACAGUGCCGAAAUUCAUGUACGGCACCCACUACAGCAGCGCUGGCGUCGUUCUGCACUAUCUCGUGCGUCAGGAGCCGUUCACCACUCUGCAUAUCAAUCUGCAGGGCGGGCGUUUCGACUGCCCCGACCGUCUGUUCGCGGACCUGGGCCAAAGCUGGAAAGGGUGUACUGACGAGAGUACGAUGUCAGACGUGAAGGAACUCACUCCGGAGUUUUUCUACUGCCCUGAAAUAUUUCUGAAUGCGAACAAGCUUCCGCUUGGCGAGAUGCAGGGCGAAAAGGGUGCUGUGGAUGAUGUGGAGUUGCCUCCAUGGGCAAAGGACGCAUUUGACUUCGUGCGCAUUCACCGUCUCGCACUUGAGUCAGAGCAAGUCUCACGGAAUCUUCAUCGCUGGAUUGACCUAGUUUUCGGCUAUCAGCAACGUGGAGAUCAGGCUGUCAAAGCAGCCAACGUCUUUUACUACCUGACCUACGAGGGUGCGGUCGACCUCUCUCUGGUGAAUGACGAUCGUCAGAGGGAAGCCAUGGAGGCGCAAAUUCGCCACUUCGGGCAGACUCCUAGCCAGGUGUUGAAGGAGCCACACCCCAUCAGAUUGCCACCAGAGGAGUGCGUGCUACCCAUUUUCAGCCCAACGUCUACCCUGGCUAGCCUGAGGGUGUUUUCUGCUGGGAAUAGGCCGCACGACCCUGGCCGCGGCGGGGCGCUGCUAGUGUACUGCACAAAGGACCGUCUGGUGUCGGUGGAUGCUGCACUCCGGGUCACCACUUGGACAUGGAGUGGAGUCCCGGACGGUUUCGGGCUACCCUUCACGCUGGGCACGUCCGUAGAAACUUCUGUAUCGUCUCGUUCAUUACACAUGAGCAACGUUUUAGCCCAACAAUCCGCGCCGAGUGGCCCGGUACUGGUCGCUCCUGGUAGGGGUCGCGGGGAGAUCACCUGCGCCUCGACGAAGGGGCCGGCGACCUCUUUCGGGUGGAACGCGGCCCCAUGGAAUUCAGUGGCUGGUGCAUCGGCGAGUGGGCGGGGGGCAGGAACACCAGACGUACCUGCACGGGCUAUCGGUCGCGUGCACUCAUGUUUCGGCCUGUGCACAGCUUUUCAUGGGGGCUUGGAGUCAAUUCUUUCAUGUGGGUACUGGGACAAUGGUGUUCGACUGCAUCGUGUCAACUCCGGCGGCAAGUUGCCCUUGGAUGGUUCAGAAACGGGAGGGCAUUACGGUGCAAUAACUUGCUUAGCGAUUGCACAGGAGAGCUCGCUGCUGGUCACGGGGGGACAGGAUGCCACCUGCCGAGUGUGGGUGGUGGGCAACGCCCCGAUGGCGUCCGCUCUGGGUGGGACCAGCGCUUGUGGUGUCAUCCCAAAGAAGGGGACAUCGAGCAAAAACUCCAUGGUAUGCGUGCACGUACUUUACGGGCACGAAGCCCCGAUCACGUGCCUGGCAGUCUCGGAGGACCUGGAUACCGUUGUGUCGGGGGCGAGCGAUGGUCGGAUAGUGCUGCACUGCUUGAAGAACGGCUGCUACGUACGACAGUACCGUUGCGGUACGGGCUCGGCAACUGCUACGGACGCUGCUGAAGCCAGUACUCCGGAAGCCAGCCAACUGGCAUUUUCCCGCCACGGCGAUGUAGUCGUGCACAGCUGGACUGACCGUUCUCUUCAUCGAUAUAGCCUCAACGGGACCAGACUGGCGACUGCCGUGGCUCCUACGACGAUAAACUGUCUCUUGACAGCAGGAGGGGGGGAAUACUUGUUGGCGGGGGGGCAAGACGGCCUGAUUCGAGUGCACACCCUCCACGAUCUGUGUGUGUUGCACACGAUCGACUUGCAGCAGCAUGGCGGAGUUACUUGCAUGCGGAUGUCUCCGGACCACGAGUACCUACUGGCAGGCUCUCAGGACGGAGAGGUAUCAAUCAUAACUGACGCAAGAAAGCGAAUGCGUAUGCUUGACCUCGCUUUGCGCAGAGCAUUUGUGGGCUAAGUGUAUUCGUGUUGAAUCG